UUACAUAUCACGGAACAGGCAGAAAGCGAGCAGUCAGUUGCCAUAACCAUUUGCUCGCGCCAGGAGUGAUAUGUCCCCUUCACUACAUCCUGGGAUGGCGUACGGUCAUGAUGCAUAUUCGCCGCGGGAGUCACCACCUCAGGAUGAUCACCCUGCUUCAUAUGGCAAUGAAAUCGCGUCAAUGGCAGUGAUAUUUAAUUCCUCUUCUCAAAGGGAUCACAGUUUAACUUUUGAUGUGCCUCGUGAGAUCGGUUGCUACUCAGUGGGAGGCAAAACGCGCACAUACAUCGAUAGUCCCGUCAACAAAAGGUACCUCCGUGCUGAUAUACCGUGCAAGACGGCCGAGAUUAACCUGAAGUAUGGUCUAGAAGGUAGAGUGCCAAGGGACUGGACGAAGAGCGCUGCGUUAGAAAACCUACUUCACUGGGUUGAUCGCAACCGAGGCAAGGUGAUGCCGCCUUGUUCCUCUGAAGAAACACAACGAGUGCGCCCGGAUUUCAUAUGCAGCCGUGACGUUUUGAAGCUGUUUCUCUGCACUCCUUACUUGGCUAAAGAUGAGUGGCGAGUGGCAGCACGUCGCAUCGAGGGCGUCGUGUACCUGCGCAACGUUCUCUCGAAGGCGGAACAAGAUCGACGUCGUGGUACCCAAGAAGGAAAGGCAAACUGGAGCAGCAGGUUCCGACAGCACAUGGUCUCAUGCCAAAGAAGCAGUAAUGUUGUGCCCGAUAAGAUUGCCGACGAAACGCAGACGUACCAUGCCGUCCUCCAGAGCCAGCUGGGUACUCACAAGAUCAUCUUUGAGGCCGAAGUGAUGGCAGUCGACAAUUCCCAGGGAUUUACCAAGUCCGGCCUGAAUCCCUACGUGGAAUUCAGAACAUGCAUUGAUUUUGACGGUUUUAAAAAAGGAGAAAAAUACCUCAGGUACAAAUCUCUCAAAUGGUGGGCACACGCCCGGCUGGCUGGUGCAUCCAGCCUAGUGUGCGGCUCGUGCAGCGAAAGUGGCAUGGUGAAACGCAUCGAGAAGCUGCAGAUCUCCGACAUUCCUAAAAAGACGAAGAAGUUCUGGAAGGAAGAGGAGUGCAUGCGAUUCUGCGAUAACGUUCUCUCUUUUAUCAAGGAAUAUGUCCGGGAUGAUGAAAGGACGUACCUUUUCAACGUCGCGAUGGAGACUGAAACAGGCCACUCAUCAAGACGGAAAGUUGAAUGUAGGCGCCUUCAGAAUCCUUCACGUAUUCCAGUGCUGCCCGACUGGUACCUGCAAUCUAUGGUAACUGGCAAAUCUACCAGUUAAUACCCAACUUAACGACUUCGGACCACAUCUACGUUUCUUGAAGACACCCCAGAGAAGCCACGUCCUUCAUCAGAGCCACCUCUCGAGUGUCUCUGUGUGGACUCUAUUUUCAUCUGCUGGGCAAAACGGCUAUGUUUACAUCAGUUGAUUUACUCAACAGAAAACGUGCAUGGUCGCUAUUUAUCAAUGACGCGACAGCAUUUGUGACCAAUAUUUUAUCAGCACGAGCAUCCAUCAUGCUUCUUUUAAUCCUUUAAUAUCAAAUAAAUGAUAGUAUUUUUUGUUA